AUGCCUCCUCCCAAGACCGUGAACAGGACCAAGCCCAGAACCCGCUCUCCGCCUGGGUUCAAGGCCGGCCUCGAGCUCAUGGCCCACCUCGGUGGUAUCCAGGUGAAGGGCAAUGGCCAGCACCCAUAUUUCUACUUCCCACCUGCCACUCGCACCCGUGUGGGUGUUGAGCGCUGCCGUCGCUGUGUCAACAAGUCUGGCGAGACGGCUCCCUGUCAUGUCCAGCCUCUCACGCUCGUGGGACGCAACCUAUGGCUGUCGCACCAGUGUCAUGGGUGUAUCCUUACGCCGGACGAAGACGACGAGUGUUCGCUCGAAGGGGCUUACUACUUUGUCAACGAAGAGCAGCACCUCGUCCGCUGCGACAGGGAGGGAGUAGCCGUUGAUAGUGAGACCUUCCAGGGCAGAGUCCUGGAGGUACCGCUCCAGGCCAUGUCCGGACCUGUGAACUCUGACUUGAGUGACCCCAUUAGGCCGCUUUCUCUCCCCAUCGCCGCCGUCACUGCCGACACGGUCUCCGGCACACCCGUCGACGAUAUCGACUACCCUCAGCCUGACCUCACCCAGAGCAUCUCCUCGGCCAUGGACGAGGUCGUCUUCACUCCCCCGGCUGACUUGGACCCCACCAGCCCCCUUUGGCCGGCCUCGGAACCAGUCCCCAAGGCCUGGUGCUCUGCCGAGGACCCCAACUCCGACCCCAAGUCGCUUCAGCCUCAGACUCGCCGUUCCCGCGCCUCGUCCUACUCGAGCAACACGACGGAACCCACCCCGCGCGCCCCUGACCCUCUCCAGCAGCUCGGCGCGAGUGGGCGGGACACGCCCAAGGUCCUCGCGUCCUUGUCACACAACUUGAACAAGGAGCUGGCGGCACUCUACAAGAUCGACCAGGAAGUGGCAGACCUCCGCCACACGCUCAAGAUCAAAGAAGGCCAUCGUGAGGCUCACGCCCUCAAGGUGGCUACGUACCGCCAUGCCAUUGACGAUGCGCUUGGCGCGCUCGAGGGCGAAAAGGCUUCGUUGCGCGCUCUGUUGAGCCGCUUCGAGAGGGACGUGGGGGUCUAG